AUGACGGACGCAGCCCUGUAUCAUGAAGAGCUGCUCGACCUCGAGAAACAGGUCGAAGCACUUCCUCUCGACGUGCGCGCACCACGCCAGCAGGCUGCCGCCGGGGUCGGCAGCAGCAGUAGCAGCAACGGCGCCGGUAGAGGAGAGGGUGGUAACGUCAACUCUUCCUCUGCGCGUGCCGCGAUGUUCGCGAAAGCGCAGGACAUUCUACGGCGGCUGAGUCGACUCCUGCAGCAGCUCCGAGUUGAGAUGCGCUUGCUGGACGGUGCGGAGCGCGGCGUGUACGAAGCACACGCAAGCGAGCAUGCAAGGAAGAUUGCGUCACUGCGUGAGUGGGUGCAGCAGAGCAAAGAACGUGCCGCCCAGAGCACCGCCGCAUCCAUGGCGGUCGCUACAUGUGCGGUGCCGUCUCAAGGCCAACGCCGCACCGGCGUGCACUGGCCGCUGCGCGAGGGCGACAACGAUGACGCCGAAGGAGAGGACGCCCCGCUGAUGUCGAACCGUGCGGAGGCUCGCCAGGCGGCGACGCGCAUCAACGAGGUGCAGCACAGCACCUUGCAGUCUCUUGGGCGCUCGGAGAAGCUGCUGAACGAGACUCAGACGCUCGGACACGAGGCAGCCACGACGCUGCGGGCGCAGACGGAGCAGAUCAAGCAAACCGCUGCCGAGCUGGACGAGAUGCGCUCCGAGCUCGGGCGUGCGAGCACGGAGUUGAAGUGUUUUAUGCGCCGCAUGGCUCGCGACAGGCUGGUCAUCUGCUGUGCUAUUGCCAUUGUGGUGUGCAUCAUCAUUACCGUGGUGCUGGCGGUGCUCAAGCACAAGUGA